AUGCCCGGCAUCCCCUGUCCUGCACGUCGGCCAGGGCCCAGGGGUGCUGUAUGGGUCGCCCGCCGCCGGCGCAGGAUGCAGACGCAACCACUCGCUCUGGACCGAGAGAUUGCCACUUGGGACUCGCCCAUUCGGACGCAGAUAGACGCGGACAUCGCAGGGUCGCAGGGUCAGCGCCAGCCAGACCUGGAAGACCCCUCGCAACAGUCGCCCAGGCCGUGGACCGCGGGCACUACGGGGCAAGGACUUGUGAGCCGCGAGGCCUGA